CUCUUUUCUGAUGAGCAUGAUUCCCACCCUGCUGCUGAUUGGCUUCCUGCUCUUCACCUUGCGGCGGGGGCCAAUGGGAGGGGGCGCUGGCGGCGGGAAAGGCGGGCCCUUCAGCAUGAGCGAGUCCACGGCGAAGAUGAUGAAGGACAACAUCGACGUGAAGUUCAAGGACGUGGCCGGCUGUGAGGAGGCCAAGCUGGAGAUCAUGGAGUUCGUCAACUUCCUGAAGAACCCGCAGCAGUACCAGGACCUGGGGGCCAAGAUCCCCAAGGGUGCCGUUCUGUCCGGGCCUCCUGGGACGGGGAAGACUCUGCUGGCUAAAGCCACAGCCGGAGAGGCCAAUGUGCCGUUCAUCACCGUCAACGGCUCCGAGUUCCUGGAGAUGUUCGUGGGCGUCGGCCCGGCCAGGGUGAGGGACAUGUUCUCCAUGGCGAGGAAGAACGCUCCCUGCAUCCUCUUCAUCGACGAGAUCGACGCCGUGGGGAGGAAGAGGGGAGGAGGGAACUUCGGAGGUCAGAGUGAACAAGAGAACACUCUGAACCAGCUGCUGGUGGAGAUGGACGGUUUUAACACGGCGACUAACGUGGUGGUCUUGGCUGGAACCAACAGACCCGACAUCCUGGACCCUGCUCUGAUGAGACCGGGACGCUUCGACAGGCAGAUCUACAUCGGUCCUCCGGACAUCAAAGGCAGAGCGUCCAUCUUUAAAGUCCACCUGCGGCCGAUCAAGCUGGACCCCAACAUGGACAAAGACUUCCUCGCCAGGAAGAUGGCCGCCGCCACGCCGGGGUUCACCGGAGCCGACAUCGCUAACGUCUGCAACGAGGCGGCUCUGAUCGCCGCCCGACAUCUCAACACGUCCGUCAACGCCAAACACUUCGAGCAGGCCAUCGACCGCGUCAUCGGAGGUCUGGAGAAGAAGACUCAGGUGCUGCAGCCCGGAGAGAAGAAGACCGUCGCGUAUCAUGAGGCGGGUCACGCCAUCGUGGGUUGGUUCCUGGAGCACGCCGACCCGCUGCUGAAGGUGUCCAUCAUCCCCCGUGGUAAAGGUCUGGGCUAUGCUCAGUACCUCCCCAGAGAGCAGUACCUGUACAGCAAGGAGCAGCUGUUCGACAGGAUGUGCAUGAUGCUCGGGGGUCGUGUGGCCGAACACAUCUUCUUCGGCAGGAUCACCACCGGAGCUCAGGACGACCUGAAGAAGGUCACGCAGUCCGCCUACGCCCAGGUGGUCCAGUUUGGGAUGAGCGAUAAAGUGGGUCAGGUGUCUUUCGACCUGCCCCGGCAGGGCGAGAUGGUCCUGGAGAAGCCGUACAGCGAAGCCACGGCCGAGCUCAUCGACGCCGAGGUCCGAGAGCUGGUGGACCGAGCGUACCAGAGGACGCUGGAGCUGGUGGAGGACAAGAAGGAGCUGGUGGACCUGGUGGGGAAGCGUCUCCUGGACAGGGAGGUCCUGGACAAGGCGGACAUGUUGGAGCUGCUCGGCCCGCGGCCAUUCGAGGAGAAGUCGACGUACGAGGACUUCGUGGAGGGGACGGGGAGCUUCGAGGAGGACACCAGCCUGCCGGAGGGCCUCCAAGACUGGAACAAGGAGAGAGGAGGAGGAGGAGGAGAAGGAGACGAGGAGACGAGCCCAACUCAGGACAAACAGCACGCCGUGUAGACAUCCCAGACCCACAUCCCAGAUGCAAAAAACUCAACGCUGACUCUGCAGAUUAAAUAUUCGUGGGCUCAGUCUGCUUCUCUCAGGUUCAUGUUUCACAUGUUUGGACGGAGUCGUGGAUUUAUUUGGACACAAACGAAGUCAUCAAAAGAAGCUGCGAUCAGUUCGGACCUGAAGACGCUCGAGCGUCGGGAAUGCGAGACUGUUUUUUAGACAUUGUGACUGAUGCUCAUUUUUCUUUUUUAUUUAUUUCAUAAAAAGUAGUUUUUUGCUCCUCGACUGAUAACGAGGAAGAAAACUGUCAGAACUUUUCUGCAGCCGAUUUUCAAACAAAAUACUUUCAGAAUCGAUGUGAACUUUCUAUUUUGUUUAAUUAUUUUUCUUUUAUUGCCUGUAAACGCGGUCGUGAUUCACUCUGUUCAGUCUUCAUGUCGCUGAAUAAUAAAAGCGCAGCGACUGUUUCAUCUUUAGUUUCUGUUGUACAAACGCUCCACGCUGUACAAAAUGAUUGUAAAGAUGUUACGUGAUAAAUAUAACAGGAACUCUGAUAUUAAUUCUCCCUGAAGGAAGAAACGUUCCUCAGACAUGUUUUUAAUCAUCAGCUCCUCUGAGAGUUAAAUUAAAGGAAUAUAAUCAGCUCUAUGAUUGUUAUAAUUAAGCCGAGAUGAUCAUCUUCUCUAAACACGUACGAGACGUUCUGUUGUAUUUGGUGACAAACUGCUUCAAAAGGAACUCUCCUAAAAUAAGAAAUAAAACGUGUGAUGUCAAGUUUG